GUCAAAAGUGACAGCGCGCACAACCAACAGGUGCCAAAAGCGGAGUGGAAAGAUUUUAUAUUGAUUCACCUAUUUUGUGGAAAAUAAUUGUUCCGAAAGGGCGCACUUAAAAAAAAGUAUAUUUUUAAACCUUAGAAAAAUACAAAACUACCAACGCACCAAAGCAAAACCCCAAAGCACGGAAAACCGAAACACGAUCGUCAGUCGUUCUCUCCCUCUCGCUCGCUCUCUCGCAUUGUGCGGUAUUGUGCAGUAACUGUCAAGUGAAAACGCUUAUUCGCGGUAUUCGACCGGUGCUACACAAGUGCAUGCGGUGUGCGCUGCAUUAUGCACGGUAGCACUAUUCGUGGGGAGCAGAACAACAGCGCCCGGAACGCUUGAGUUCAACGUACGAUGGGCACGCCAGAGCACCAGAGCAACCGGAGCCCGUCAACGAUGGAGUCUCGCAUCUUCAUCACGCACUACGUCAAUCCGCACCAGUUUUGGUACAAACCGUUCCAUCCGGGCAGCAGGAAGAAGCAACAGAAGCAGCUGCAGGAUGCAAUCGACGAGUACUGUGAGCAGCACUACCUGAACCAGUCCAUUGGCCAUUACGAGCCGGUGUUUGGAGAGGUAGUGGCCUUCUACGAUCCAUCGCUUGCCCGCUGGACCCGCUGCAGUGUGGACGGGGUGAGGGUCGAUGGCAAGGGCACCCAGCGGUACCGGCUGUGGUCGAUCGACGAGGGCUGCCCGAAGACGGUCGGCAUCGAGCAGCUGCGACCACUGCCGGACCACUUCCACGACCGGUCGACGUCGGGCGUGAAGCGGGGAGCGAUCAAGAACAUCUUCCCGGCGCAAUGUGUGUUCGAUCCGCGCGAGGAACAGCUCCGGAUAAUGGAAUGUGGCGGGUGGGCCGAAACGGCCAACAUAAUGCUGCGCUCCUUUAUCGACAGCAACCAGCAGCUCUGCUUCAUCAGCGUAACGCCCUACACGGUCGGGAAGGAGUCGAUCCACUUCGGCGAUCUGCUGUUCGUCACGAAAAGCAAGACGUACAAUGCGGCGAACCUGCUGGUCGAGAACGCGAUGGGAUUGACGGUGGAGCCGAAGAAUUUUAUUAUUCAAAUGCUAGAAAUGGAUGCAACGUUCUCCACCCGACCGUCCUCCAUAGUGAGUGGCAGUCUGUCGCAGGGCAACUCGUCGGGCGAUACGUAUACGAUACCGGUGGACCAGCAGCGCAACGAAGGCAUCUCGCUGCUGAACGGCGUGAAUGAGCGCGAGUUUGACGAAUCGGUCAGUAUGGUUGGGACGGGCGCGCAGAACAACCAACCCGUCGUCGUUGCUGACCCGCUUCCGGUACGGCAGCUGCCACCACCGUCGGUCCCGGUAGCUUCCACGGCUGCUUCCGAUCGUACACCGGUGCCGCGCGAAGCAAGCAAAUCGUCCGAAUCGAGCGGUUCGAAGAAAUCGAUCGGAUUGGCCCAAAAGCUGAAGCUGCUGAAGGCACAGAAGUUGAAAACCGCUUCUCCAAACACUAGCAAAGAGCGAGAAUCUUCGAGCACGGGAACGGGCUCGCAAGCUUCCGGCCACCAUUCCAACAGAGAUCCGUUCGAGCAGAUCCGUAAAGACGCGUACGCACUGACGAUCGAUGUCGGGCUGUCGGAGAAGGCCGAAUAUGAGCUUUUGAAGGCUGCAAAGGCAACGGAAACAAGCACGGCUAAGGUGGUUGAAGCACCACCAAUGGAGCAUAAACCGAAAGUGGUGGAAAAUGCAGCAGUUGUGCCAACGAAGGCAGUGGAACCAAAAGCCAAGACACCAACCAAACCGAUGCAAGUGCAAGUUACACCGACGAAGGCUUCACCACAACCGCAGAAAACCACUCCCAGCCCAGCGGCCAUCAAUUCAACCGCAUCAACGGAAAUGACACCACCAAGUGGUGCUGGUGGUGGUAGCAGUUUGAAGCAAAGGCUGAUGCAAAGGAUCGCCAACGCGAAAGCGCAGCAGCAAAGCAAGCAAAAGCAGGAACCGGAACAGCCGCAGAGUCCAGAGCUUAGUUUUGCACCGGCCGGCAUUACCAAUGACCAGCUCAUACAGCGGUACCUGGAGCAGCCGACGGUUCAGAGUAAUGCCGAGAUGAAGAAGUUUGAAAAGGUUAUACAGGGAGAGAAAUGCAUAUUUUCCCGCCGAAGCCACUACCGCGUCCUGGUGCACGGUGCGAAAACGCCGAAACCGAUCGAUCGCAUUGCGGCGGCCAACUUUAGCCCGCGCGUGCACCAGGAGCUCGACCAGCUCGGCAUCAAAUCGCUGCAGCGCCUGCAGGCUUACUCGUGGCCCCACAUACUGCGCGAAAACUCGUUCAUCUGCGUGAACGGUGCGUCGACGGGGAAAACGUUCGCCUACCUGCCAGCCGUAUGUUCCGUGGUGCAGAGACAAAUCGAAGAAUCGCUGGUGGAGGCUGCCUCCGGUCCGGUAGCCAUCAUCGCCACCUACACGUCGCGCGAAGUGCAGCGGAUUGCGUUCUUCUGUCGCAAGCUGCUCCAUUCCGAGGCGCACGCCGACCUGGCCGUGGUAGAGUGUUACGGCAUACGGGAUGUGACGAAAGCAUGCAAUCUGCUGUACAACGGUUGCGCGAUCCUUGUCACGACAGCACCGGCCUACCGGCGGCUGUACGAGCUCGCACCGGAAGCGUUCGCCCGCAAGCGCAUCCAAACGGUGGUGAUUGACAAUCUCGAGGAGAUACUGCCCCAUUUCGGGCCGGAGCUGCAGCUGCUGUGCAAGAACUGCGACAAGGAGGGGCUGCAGAUGAUCGUCACCGCCGGCUACUGGAUGCCGAUGUUGGCCAAGUUUCUGCAGCGCUAUCGCAACAUGGUGAUCUGCAUCGGUGCCUUCCUGGAGGCGGCCGUCUACGCGAAGGCCCGCUUCGUCAUCCAAACGUUCGUGGGCGAGGAGCGCAAGCAGACGGAGCUGAUACGGCACCUGAAGCAGCACGACUACCGCAGCGAGCGGACGAUCGUGUUCGGCAACGAUAGCGACGAUCUGGUGCCGAUCGUGAACGCGCUGCGCCAGAACUCGAUCAACCACAUCGUGGGCAGCGAGCGGAUGGUGCUGCAGCAGCAUGCCGGGUUUAGCAACUGGGACGAGCUGCAGCCGGGCGAUAUGGUGGUGCUGGUGUGCAGCGACACGGUGCUGGGUGAUUUGAAAAUUUCCAAAGCGCAGCAUAUUAUCCACUAUUCGCUGGCGGCAACGUGGUCGUCGUUUACUAGGCGGUAUGCCUGCUCGUUCGGCUAUUAUGACUGCCCUUACCUGCCGGCCAAGGGGAAGGAAGGGGGGAAAGGGCUGGCCUCAUCGUUGGUGUUGCUGAAUGAGAAAAACAAUCAACAGCUGCCGAGGCUGGUGGACUUUCUGGAGCUGCACCAGGAGCAGAUCCCGGAGGAAUUGGCCGUCAAUGCGCAGAAAAUUCGAAGCAUUCUCGAGAGUUCCCGAGUCGCUAGCGGACGUGCCGUGUCCAUGCUGUGCACGUACAUACUCGGCUUUGCCGUUUGCCGUGCUGCCCGGAACUGCGUCUUCCGGCACACCCUCACGCUGGACGAUCUGGCCCCCGACGGUGUGCCGCGCAGUGGCAAAGUGCGCAUGAAAAUCUGCCACGUGUUUUCGCCGGCUCACUUUGCCGCCCGGCUGGAGCACCAUUGCCCUGCGGGCGAGUCCGAAUGGACCGUGCUGAACGAUACCAAGCGCUACAUGCUGCAGGAUAUGGCGCUGCAGGUAUACUUUAACAACGAAAGCCGGCACCAGAUGCAUGGCGACCCGCACCGGAACGAUCUGUGCGUGGUGUUUGAGGAUCAGAAGUAUUGGCGCUGUCAGAUCGUCAACUACGACGAGACGAAAACUGAUAACGUUGAGGUACAGCUGCUCGCCAUCGACACCGGGCGGAUAAUGCACAUGAAGGCGUACGCGCUACUCCAUCUGCCGGAACAGUUUCGAGCGCUGCCGGCCCAAGCGAUCAACGUGCGGUUGGCCGCCAUCGUACCGCACGAUUACGAGCAGGAUUGGGACAAGAUCGCGACGAAUACGGUGCGCCGCUGGAUCGAAAACUAUGCCACGCGCCCGAACUGCAGCAUUCAGGGCAAUGUGCUGCUCGCGCUCAAGGAUACGGUGUGGGUCGAUGAGCUGUAUCUGGUGGAGGAGCUGGAUGGCAUGAAAACGACGGUAACGGUGGAACGGAUCCGGGCGUCCCUGAUCGCCAAGCAGUACGGGGUGGGCGAUAAGGAAUCGUUCGAGCGGAUCCGGAAGCUGGUGCGGGACUGCGAAAAGCACGGCAUGCAAUUGUUGCGCCGCGAGGUGGAGGAGCUGGAGCGAGAUGGCAAAGCGGGAGCUGCUGCUGCGAUGGACGAUGUGUUGGAAAUGGUGGAAGGCGUUGGAGAAGACGAAUUGAUGCGUGGUGGCAUCGGGACGGGAGAAAUUAGCUUCGAUUCGAACGAAACGCUCAAGCAGCUGGUGCAUGUGGACGUGCCCAUCAAGGACGAUCAGGGCAUGAGGGUGUCGGAUGAUGAGCAUGAGAAACAAAACGACAGCAGCGAGUCGGAUGAUCGCGGUAAGCAGAUAUCAGACCAAGAGCAGGGAAAGGAAGCGGAACAAAUGAAUACAAUGGAGUCGUCGGCGACUUCAGAUGAAAUUGACAAUGGCAAGCGGCAGCAGACGACGAUUGCUCAUGCAACACCACCAGCAGUGCCUGAUGAUGAUGAUGAGGGUGAAGUGUUGCAAAAGUUACCAGAAAUUGUAACGACACCGGCUGCAGAGGAAUCCUUCGCGGAAGACACUGACAUUGUGCAAAGUAAGCUGAUGCCAAUCGAAGCGGACAGUACCAUGUCCUCGUCCAGCUCGUUCGAGCUCGUUUCGCCCGCACAGGAGGCAACGGCCCAGUACCAGUUCGAUUCGCUGUUGGUCGGCAAGAACUACAGCGUAAUGAUUGGCCACUAUCUAACACCGGACAAUUUUUAUGUCUCUCAAUCCAAUAGAAUUCGUGAGGUGGACGCUUUGAUCAAAGAUUUUACCAAGGAACCUUUAACUCCGCUAAAUCAUCCACGCGUCGGUCAGCACUGUUUGGCGCUGUUCGAGAACUUUUACCACCGUGGCCGUAUUGUGGGCGUGCUGCCAGAGAGCAGAGAAGUGGAUGUAUUCCUGGUUGACUUUGGUGGCACCGUGCGAUGCCGGGAAAUCUUCAAAGCCUCGGAUAACCUGCUGAGCAGUGUUCCGUUUCUGGCAAUUAAAGGUUCGUUUGCGCACAUCCAUCCACCGGGCGGUGCAACGGAAUGGACCGGCGAAGUAGCCGACGCCAUCUACGACCGUUGGUUGGAGCAGCACAACCAGGGCACGAUGUACGCCAUCGUCACCAAGGUGCUGCCGUGGGUAGAACAGGACGGGGAGCAGCGAAUCGAGGGCUGCCACCGGUACGAGAUGGUACUGUGCGACGCGAACUCGCAAGACAUGUUUUCCAUCGUGUCGGACAUCGCGUACGACGGGCUAGCGAUGUGGGUGGGCAACGAGGACGGCGUCAGCAGCACCGUUCCCGACACGGACGAGGAUGACAACUUCACGCAGGUUAACUUUACGCACGAGGAGCUGAUGGAGCUGAUGCAGAAGGCAUCGUCCGCACCGCGGAACGGUGGGGCGACGCACGGCCCAGCACGUGCCAUUAAGGAGGCGGUGCCCGAUUCCCGCUGCAACGCGGCGGAGCAGCUGCCGGUGGAGAAGAAAGUGGCGGGCAGAUCACUGGAAACGUCCGACGAUGAGAAAAGUGCCAUACGGGCUGCACGCAGGCAGCGGCGCACGUUGAAAGAGCUCCGGCUCGACUGUGACUACCGCUUUCCGUCCACCGUGUGGGACCAGGACGAAUACUUCGUGGUGCUGCACGUGCACGCACCGGACGUGAAGCGGUACAAUCUUACGCUCACGCACACCAGCCUGCUGCUGCAGUUUGUGCGCGAAGAUGAAGGUGAACGGUUCGUGCUGGGGCUAACGCUACGCAACCCGAUCGUACCGCGUGACUCCGUGCACGGAGUGCGGGGGCUUACGAUAGUGUUGCGGUUGCGCAAGCUAGUGCCGGGGCUGCGAUGGCUCACGCUGGACACGCUCGGCAGCAAGCGGCUGCGCUGGGUUCAGUUUGGCCGUGGAGGUGGUGCCGGUGACUCCAGCUCGGAUGAAAUGGUGAAGGAAAAUCGGUGGAAGGAUCUGCUGCGGGCCCACCUGGACAGCAGCUCGGUCGAUAGUGUAGGGUCGGGGAACGAGCAGACGCUGCAGGACGAUUCCGAUGCGGAGGACGAGGACGGUGUGUUUCUCGGGUUGAAUUAGGAAGGGGGUGGUGUCUGCUUUCUGACUACAGAAAGAGAGAGAAAUUAGUUUUUAAUGUAAUGAACGGUUCAAGAAUUAAGAAGAUGAAUUCCAACAGCCUGCAAAAAGGGGACAGUACAAAGCAAAGAGAGCAGCAUUUUAUAGCAUUGUGAAGAAAACGAAUAUAACGAUUUGUUACCAAACCAAGGGAAAUGACAGAACAGUAACAGGUUGGCUGACAAGUCCCCGGUCUAGCGAAGAAAAACACAUUUUUUUGUCAAAAUUCGGUUUUUAUUAUUCAAAAUAGUUCCCUUCAAAAGCGAUACAACGAUUAUAACGACCUUCCAAUUUUUUGAUACCAUUUUGGUAGUACUCCUUCGGUUUUGCUCGCGCGGCACCCAUUUUGCACAGAGCUUCCGCAUAUCCAAAUAUUGAUGAAUGAUAUGACCAACACGUUCCUUUGAUAUCUUUAAGGCCAUCUGCUAUCUCGAUCAACUUCAUUUUACGGUCAUUCAAAAUCAUUUUGUGGAUUUUUUUUAUGUUUUCGUCGGUAACCACCUCUUUCGGGCGUCCACUGCGUUCACCGUCCUCAGUGCUCAUUUCACCACGCUUGAAUUUUGCAUACCAAUCAAUUAUUGUUGAUUUCCUUGGGGCAGAGUCCGGACUCUCAUUAUCAAGCCAAGUUUUUGCUUCCACUGUAUAUUUUUUCCCUUCAGAAAACAGUAUUUUAUCAAAACACGAAAUUCCUUUUUUCCAUUUUUUUCACAGUAACAAAAAUUGCUUGACGAAAGACGCUCUGUCUCACAAAUUAAUUGAUAUAAAGACGCCAAAUUUUAACACGAAUCAUUUGAAGGUUGGUACUAUAUAAAAAUAAUAUGCAUUUAAUACUAGCGGCGCCAUGAAUGUGUCAGAUCGGGGACUUAUCAGCCAACCUGUUAUGUUCUGCUACGAGAAUUCCGUGAUUUACAUUCUUCAUUUACAUGCAUUUCCGACAUUGUGCAACGAAUUGUGAAAUAAAUUGUGUUAAAACAUUUGUAAA